UGUUAUACAAAAGAUUUUUAGUGCGAAAGCGAAGUAAAUGAAUUUUAAACAUGUUUUGACGUCCCACAGAAGUGCUUUGGGCAGGCGAAUAUUGACCUAUUCCCCCGAGCCUUUUUAAUAUUCAACCGAGUUAAUAAGCAGAUGCGGUAGCUAAGAGGAAAUUGCUUUGUGUUUACAUAGGAAGAGGGAAAAUUUCUAAUCAGAAAUCCAAAUUUCGGUCGUAGUUUACUCGGCUUCUGUUCGCUGAAAUGAAGUAAUUCAUCCAUGGCAACAUUGUCCUUCGCAGCGAAAGCGUGAAGGGAUUAGUUUACCGUUCACCACACGAGACAGUUUGGGACCUUUCGGUUUUAAGGCCGCAAGGAUGACACAUAUGUAAACCUGCAGACGCACACUUAUAAUGACAACAACUAUGCGCAGUGGAAACACUGGGAAGGAGGAUGGCUCAUCCGUUGAAAUGAAGAAGAGGACCAAAGAAAUGAAAAUACGAGUUGCGAAGAUGUUUGAUCUGUUCGAUAAAGUGAUCGAGUUUAAUCACAACCCCACCAGCGAAUCAGCGAAAAGGAAACUCGAUUUGGAAAUAGAGAAGCUAAAAACACUUCAGCAGCAACUUGAGAAAGAGCCUCAAAAAGUUGACCUGUUUCAGGACACAGAAAAUUUAAAAGAUGCUCAAGAAUACGAUACGUUUUACAUCCAGUAUAUUAACCACGUUUCUCAAGAUCUGGAAAACUUAAAGAACAGUAUCAUUCAAUACAUCCAGGAAAAAACUAAAGCUGAACAAUUGCUUACGAAAGAAAACAUGAAACUCAAACUUGAUUUACAACGUGAACAAGCUGAGUCGAUGCAUCAACGACAAAAACAUGAAUACGCCGUAGCCGAGAAGAAUACAGUUCUUGCGACGUGUAGAAAGUUGGAGGAACAGUUAGAAGAUAGAGGAAAACAAAUUCAACAGCUUCAUCGCGAGGGAACUGUCAGUUUAUGGCAGCGAGAAAAGGCGAAGCUAAUAAAAGACGUCCAGUCAAGCGAGGAGAGACUUGCAAAGGAACUUCAAGAGACCAAAGAUCAAUUAGAAGAUACAAAAUCGAGAUUAAAUCAAAGAAUUAUGGAAUUAAUGGAUCAAGUUAAAUACCUUAAAUUAGAGAAAAACCUGAAGAAUGGGACGGUGAGAACACAUGGACCUGGUGUGCCCAAUGUUUCUUCAAGCGAGAUGGAGAAAGCAAAACAGCAAUUAUUCCUAAAAGACAGGUUACUAGUAGUAGCGGAAGGAGAGAUUCAAAAACAGCAAAAAUACUACGUAGGAUUCAUAAGUGGACUCAGCAGAGACUUCAGAAUUAUGUUAGAAAGACAACAUCUGACAGUUAAAGACUACAAUAAGGAUCAAAAAGCUUACGCAUCCAUGCUGAACAAAAUGUACGUUGCGGCAAAAGAAGGAACUUUGACGGAUUUUAGAGCGACUUUGCCCUCACACUAUCUUGGAAUUAACGAGGAUCUCUCUGGCCAUCCACUUGGCAAAAAACUCACCAGACCAUUUCAAGAUUUGGAAUCAUAUUUACAAGAAGUUGAGGAUACCGAGUUUAGGGUUGAUAUCAACCAUCCUUUGCUGACGGGAUGGAGGGAAGGAAGGUCCGAGAGUGCGAAGGCAAAUGCACGGAAAUUUUCCAAAUCAAAAUCAUCCAAAGGUAAGAGGUUAUUACUUCAUUUAUUGGUCAGUAUUCAAUCAAAUUCGACUCCAUCCAUGGCAUGUAUUAUUUGCUUGUAGAGCGAGGUCAGGGCAUCAGAUUUUCUUGAGCCAAGGCUCAUUAUUAGUGUAAAAAAAUCACCUUGAAAUCGAAAGUACGGUUCAGUUAUGAUUCAGUUUAGCCCGCCCCUUCCAAUAAUUAAGCGCCACGUAUGAGCACCACCUUCCAAUCCUCAGCGCUCCUAUUGUGAAUGACACCCAAGACAGUGACAUAAAAAAGGCUUAUUAGGUGAACGAAUUAUGAAGUUUGCUCUCACAUCUGAAAGUAGUAAUGAGCAUUACGACUAUCAGAGCCCCUAUUGUUAUGUUUCUUGAGUUAAAGUAUCUGUUGGCACAAUGCUUUUCAUUUAAACAAUUGAUCACAUUCAGAUGUAUAUGUUCAAAAAGAAAGUAGCGCCCCUUCCUUAAUAAGCUCCCCUCUCCAAUAAGCGCCCCUCCCCUUGAGUUACUAGAAGUAAAUUAGCGCUCUGGCAGCUAAAUUGAAUUAUUACGGUAACCACACACUGGAAAAUUUAUAAUUUCUGAUCAUUUUUAUCAUUAAUUUCUCAAGCUUUCUUGAGAUCCGUCUUCACCGAG